CACCAAUUGGGUUUGAUUUCAAUGGUUUCAGAACCCUCCAAGAUCUAACAACUGCUCAUAUCUGGGGAUGAAACGGCAUUGGAGACCUCAUUGACACAGACAGCUGGGGAGAGAGAGGUUUGAGGAAAGAAACAUGAUGAUGAUGUGGGUUUUGGUGCUGACCACACUGCUUGUCAGUGAUAUGGCAGGGAGAAGCAAUUCCUUGGAAGUGGAGGAGACUCACUGGGAACUUAAAAAACGUGAAAUAUCCAGAGGACCCUGUGAUGAAAACUGGUUUUAUUUUCCCCAUUUAUACUCCUGUUACCGGUUUUUCAGCGACAAGAAGACAUGGUUGGAAGCUGAGGAUUUCUGUGAUCAAGACACACACUACGGAGAGCUGGCUUCUGUGAUCUCGAGCGAACACAGCGGUUUCAUUUCUGAUGUGGUCAGCGCCGUGGACAUCGGGAAGCCAGAAGCAUGGAUUGGCCUGAACGACAGAUGCAAGGAAGGGACUUUCACAUGGAUCGAUGGAUCUACGUACAGUUACAGAAACUGGGCUCCGAAUGAGCCUAAUAGUUAUCAAAAAAUCAACGAAGACUGUGUGAACAUUCAUCAUUUCUGUGACCAUGCUUGGAAUGAUGCACCUUGUGAAAUGAAAAUUGGUUUUGUUUGUUCCUACAAACUGCGAAGUGGUUAGAAGAUUCCAGAACCAUCCACUCAUACUUUCCAGCAGUGGAUUCAGUGUCUUAAUUCCUCUGAAGCCGCUCUCACUGCCUGUGGUGACUGUCCUCACUUAGCUUCU